GGUCGACCUGCUGACGUAAGCAUAUAUGGGCAUUAAACAAUUUGUGAAAUACUGAGGCCGGUGGAGUCAUCGACCAAUCGGGAUGAUUGCCAGCUCCUAUUGUCCAAGAGUUGAAGUAUCAUUGGGCAACAUACUGAACCCUGAGAUACUCCGAUGGAUGCACUGUGUGUGUGUGUGUGUGUGUGUGUGUGUCGGACAGUACUUGGGCACAGAUAAAAGCACUAUGAGUGUGUGUGACUGGGUGAAUUUGAGUGCUCACAUUGAGUAUUAAGGUGUUCUUUAAGUAGCAGCCCAUCCAUUUACUGCAUUCUGACUUCCGUGACAUUAAGAAAAAGGUUUGCUAUUGCAGGUAGUUACUAAACCAGGGGUGGGGAACUCCAGGCCUCCAGGGCCCGUGUCCUGCAGGUCUUAGAUGUGUCCUUGAUCCAACACAGCUGAUUUAAAUGUCUUGAAGUUCUCCAGAGGCCUGGUUAUAAACUAAUGAUUUGAUUCAGGUAUCUAGAACCUGCAGGCCGUGGACACUUGGAGUUCCCCACUUGUGAUCUAUAAGAAGGCUGCUAAAUAAAUGGACUUGGCCCCUCAUGUGAAUAAAAGUUUUAAUUCAGAUGUUGUUAAUGUUCGGCUCUCACUGCACUGCCAUCUUUAUGCGGACUUGUUUUACUGUGGCUGGGCGCACACUCAUAAUCAGCCACGGUUCGCUCAUGCUAAGCCCGUGUUUCCUACCACGCUGAGUACUGAGGGGCUGAAUCCUGGCACUCGGCACGCUUCAGGUCAUCCAGGGUUGCUACCCUGCAGCACUCCUGCGUGUUCAGCGUACCGGGCACCUGAAGCUCCCAGCGGCAGGUGGACGCAGGAAGGCUGUAAGAAGCUCUCCGUGGUCGUUUCAAACGGCUGCUUUUCCCGGUUUUACUCAGUCGAAAGAGGUCCGGAGCUCUGGCCCGUGCCUCUGUCUCCCCCUCCUGUCCUCAGCACCGGGUUGCGUUUUCCUCGAUUAUUUUCCACUCACUUUCUCGCAGUUUAAAAUGGCGGCGUUGAGCAGCGCCGAGUCCCCACCGCCCGUCUUUAACGGAGACACUACGGAGCUGGAGCCGGGCAGGGAGCGGGGCCUGGACGAGCUGGGCGUCGGACUGGACUCGUCCUGCUCGUCGGGGAUCCCGGGAGGUCCGCAGGAUGAGGAGAUCUGGAACAUCAAACAGAUGAUAAAGUUAACACAAGAACAUCUGGAGGCUCUCCUGGACAAGUUUGGCGGAGAACACAACCCUCCCUCCAUUUAUCUAGAGGCCUAUGAGGAGUACACCAGUAAACUGGACGCUCUGCAGCAGAGGGAGCAGCAGCUGCUGGAGGCCAUCGGUAACAGCGCAGACUUCUCCUGCUCUCAGUCUGCUAUACCAGCCCUUCUGGAAGUCAAGAUAGGAGGUUGUGGGGUUGGUGCGGGGCCUCAGGCUUUCCCCUCGGCCCCAAACACUUUGGCUGUGCUGCAGACCCCCACUGACACAAGCCGAGCCAACCCUCGCUCCCCCCAGAAGCCCAUUGUCAGGGUCUUCCUGCCCAACAAACAGCGAACAGUGGUCCCGGCACGCUGUGGGAUGACUGUGAGGGACUCCCUGAAGAAAGCCUUGAUGAUGCGAGGACUCAUUCCAGAGUGCUGUGCGGUCUAUAGGAUACAGGAUGGAGAGAAGAAGCCUAUUGGCUGGGACACAGACAUCUCGUGGCUGACGGGGGAAGAGCUGCAUGUAGAAGUGUUGGAAAACGUGCCGCUCACCACACACAACUUUGUGAGGAAGACUUUCUUUACACUGGCCUUCUGUGACUUCUGCAGAAAGUUGUUGUUCCAGGGUUUCCGCUGUCAGACCUGUGGCUACAAGUUCCACCAGCGGUGCAGCACUGAGGUUCCUCUCAUGUGCGUCAACUACGACCAGCUCGACUUGCUACUAGUGUCCAAGUUCUUUGAGCACCACCCGUUCACCCAGGAGGAGGUCUCCUCAGAGGGAACCACGCCUGUGUCUGAGGCCUGUCCGUCACUUCCCCCAUCCGACUCCACUGGAUCAAUAUGCCACACCACUGUGUCGCCGUCCAAAUCCAUACCCAUCCCGCCCAGUUUCCGGCCCAACGAGGAGGACCACCGCAACCAGUUUGGCCAGCGGGACCGUUCAUCCUCUGCCCCCAAUGUGCACAUCAACACCAUCGAACCGGUCAACAUCGAUGACCUGAUUCGAGAUCAGGGCUUACCGAGGUCAGAUGGAGCCCCCCCGACCCACCCCGCCUGCUGCUUGAGGAAGCACCGAACACGGACCUCAAGCCCCCUCCUAUACUCCUAUCCCAAUGACAUAGUGUUUGAUUUUGAGCCCGAGCCCGUUUUCCGAGGCUCGACCGCAGGUCUGUCGGCCACGCCUCCCGCCUCUCUGCCUGGCUCUCUGACCAACGUCAAGGUCCCGCAGAAGUCGCCGUGCCCGCAGAGGGAGCGCAAAUCGUCCUCCUCGUCCGAGGACCGCAAUAAGAUGAAAACCCUGGGGAGGCGGGACUCCAGUGAUGACUGGGAAAUCCCGGAAGGUCAGAUUACCCUGGGUCAGAGGAUAGGCUCUGGAUCUUUUGGAACUGUCUUCAAGGGAAAGUGGCACGGUGAUGUGGCAGUGAAGAUGCUGAAUGUCACCGCUCCCACGCCACAGCAGCUUCAGGCAUUCAAGAAUGAAGUGGGAGUCCUCAGGAAAACGCGUCACGUGAACAUCUUGCUCUUCAUGGGCUACACCACCAAGCCCCAGCUGGCCAUCGUGACCCAGUGGUGUGAAGGCUCCAGUCUGUACCACCACCUGCACAUCAUCGAGACCAAGUUCGAGAUGAUCAAACUGAUCGACAUAGCCCGACAGACCGCGCAGGGCAUGGAUUACCUGCAUGCCAAGUCCAUCAUACACAGAGAUCUGAAGAGCAACAAUAUUUUCCUCCAUGAGGACCUAACAGUGAAGAUCGGGGACUUUGGUCUGGCUACGGUGAAGUCCCGCUGGAGUGGCUCCCACCAGUUUGAACAGCUUUCAGGCUCUAUUCUUUGGAUGGCUCCAGAGGUAAUCCGGCUGCAGGACAAGAACCCCUACAGCUUCCAGUCGGACGUGUACGCCUUUGGCAUCGUACUCUACGAGCUGAUGUCAGGAGCGCUGCCCUACUCCAACAUCAACAACAGAGACCAGAUCAUAUUCAUGGUGGGACGAGGUUACCUGUCCCCUGACCUCAGCAAGGUUCGCAGCAACUGUCCAAAGGCCAUGAAGAGGCUGAUGGCUGACUGCCUGAAGAAGAAGAGAGAGGAGCGGCCUCUCUUCCCUCAGAUUUUGGCAUCCAUUGAGCUGCUGGCUCGCUCGUUACCCAAAAUCCACCGCAGCGCCUCGGAGCCUUCGUUAAACCGAGCUGGUUUUCAGACAGAGGACUUCAGUUUGUAUGCCUGCGCCUCACCUAAAACCCCCAUCCAGGCCGGCGGUUACGGGGAGUUUUCAGCAUUUAAAUAAAUGGCGGCAGAUACCAGCAGUCCAUCCCUCGUCACUCCUCAACAGUCUUGUGUCCCUGCGGUGGAUUCAUUCAUUACUGGGAAAAAAAAGAAAAAGGAAAAAAAAAAUACGCCGUUUUCUUCCUCCGUCACCUCGAAGAAGGCAGCCUCACUAACAAGAAGCCGUCCAUUGGGCAGACGGCAGCAACACACACAAACUAAUCAGAAAAGACGGAACAACAACAAAGCGAAGACAAAGAUAUCCGUACCAAACCGCUUUGAGGAAGACGUGGAAGUAAUCGCCUUGCCUGAUGGAUCCAAGUUGACCCACGGAGGAAAACCAUUUAAAGGAGAGCUUUGGAUGCGAGUUGUCCAGUUGCUGUUGUGCCGGUGAGGAGGAGCUGGGCGUUAGCCGUGCUGCUGAGCAGAGAACGGGCCUGCGGACCGAGAGGAGGCUUCACGCCGUCAGCUGCUGGAAGGCGUUGGCGCUUCCCUGGGAUGGGCUGGAGGAGAAGGAUUCUGAAGGACGAUGACUUGAAAGAGAAAUCUGCUUGUAUUUUUUCCAUUUGUGUUUUCCAUUUUAGCUAGCAGCUGCUGGGAAUACUUUCUGUCUUGGAUCUUUUAGCCGUUUUUUGUUUUCGGUGUUUAUGGAGUUUGUCUCCAACAUGGCAGCUGCUCUCUGCCAGCGAGGCUCUCUCUGGGUUUAAUGGCAGGACAGCAAAAGAUCUGCACCUCAACCAUGUUCUCCAUUCCACUUUAAAAGCUUUCCCCCUUUCAAAGGAUAUUGUGGUCAUGUGACAAGCAGCAGAAAUGAUUGUCUCCAAGGUAACAUCAGGUCAUGUUCACAGACAGCCGAAGGUUUCAGCUGGACCUGCUCGUGGGGUACGGCCUCUCCGAGCUCUCAACUUGUUCUGUGACAUUUUCAGCGUUUCUUUGCUUCUCAUCGUUUUCACAGAUUGUUUUUCACACUAAGUGCACGUCGUGGCGUUGCUUUCUUUUCUUCCUGUGGGACCACGAAGCUUUAACGUUGCACUCGGCUCACGCAGACAUGUUACUGGCUGCAGCUCGUGGGCGCUGGGCUGCAGAGUUACCUGCUGUUGAUCAAGAGUUCUGCGGCUUUGAAAGUUCUGGAAAUGUCCUUUAAUCCCACCUUUUACAUUCUCUGUACUUCUUCAUGUUAUUCCAGGUUUAGAUUUGUGUUCUGCUCUUUGUUUGCCUUCUUCCUGUACAGGCAGGCCUGCACAUAUUGACUUAUUUAUGUGAAUUUUUUAUGGGUUUAUUUUCAGGCUUCUUUUUUUUUUUUACAACCCUUGUUUUAGUCAUGUGACUCAUAUUUGCACUUUGAUGGAUUGAAGCGAACGAGUGACUCGCCUUUUUGUUUUUGUUUCUUUGUUUCUAAUGUAAGAAAAAUGUGAGCGAGCAGAUGGCUCAGACUUCCAGUGAAGCUGUCCUCCGCAGGUGCAGGACUGUAAAUAUUCAUUCGAGGACCGUGUGACGAGCCUGCAGACCUGCCGGCGUACCGCAGUGACGAGGCUCCUGGCCUCACCUCGUGGACGGAGAGCGCGCGGCUAGUUGACGUGUCAGACCGAGCGCCGACAGGGCGGGUCUUCGCAUCCAUGUGUGUCUUUCUAAUACGAAUGAUGGAAACAGACGUUACCCGUCACCUCCAUGGCUUCCUUUCCAGUGAGUUUGUAUUUUUAACGUUGUUUCAGUCGCCACAUCGUGAGAUGAUCUGCUUUAGAAAAUCUAACUAAACCGGCGCUGUCACGUAGCCAACAAACGUUAGAUUCAAAGUAUCUGCAGAAAAAGAGAACCUACCAGGCUUCAGCCCACAGCACCGUGGGCUCAGCUGGGGUCUUACUCCACAUGAGUGGCACACGGAGCUGAGGGGGUCGUGGAGUCUGCGAGACAAACUGUUGCUGUAUAAAUGUCCACCGGCUGUCGGGGUCGCUAUCUGCUGUCUGUUUUUGUACGGCUGCACGUGUGGGCUUUGUUUGUUUCCCAGUUUAUUACAGAGAGACCGCGUUGUUGUCACCACUUCAACUUGCUGGACGCUGCCUUUAGUAAAGUCAGGCACCGACUAAACGUGAGCAAAGAGCCAGUGACUGCAGACGAAUUGAAAGCCUUGAUCUGAUAAAAGUGAAAGCUUUUCUUGCUGUGGUUACACUGGACGUGCAGGUGGCUGUUUGCUAACACAUCAGCCACAAGCAAAGCUGCAGGGACAUAUCAGGGUGCAUCGCUGAACGCAGCAUUCGUGACUGAACGUUGUAGUUACGUCAUCAAUUCAAGGAUUAUGGAAUUCUUCUGACAGCUCUGAGCAUGCACAGUAUCGUCCAGCGUCACAUCUCAGAGCGAGAAACUGGUUCGAUUGAAAGGUUCGAAUUCAGUGUCCGGCGCUCAAAACUUCCAGAAGCCCAGAACCAAUCGCCGAUCAGUAACGAGCGUUUAUUUACCCGUACCCGCCUCCGUCUGCCGCUUUUAGAGAUGAUACGUAGAGGUCAUGUUGGCCUUUUUAUUAAAUUACAUAUCGUCCUGUCACUGGGGAGGUUUUGCUGCUCCCCACGGCUCCCUAAAGCUUUGCCCACAGCUGCCAUUUUCUCCAGAGGACUCUUAAAGUCUCCUGUGCAGGUGAUUGUGUCACCAGAGCGAUCACUGCUGACAGUGUCGUGAAGAUGAUGAAGAAGCUCUACUGUCAGUGAAACCAAACUUGGGUACCCACAGAGGAGGACGAGGUCCGUCUGAAUGCUCCAGUUAUCAGUUUGAAGCUUCGUCACGCUGCACAAACAAAGACGUGGACGGGUAACGUCAGCAGUGGUUGCCUUUGAGUCUCGUGGAUGGUGCGUUGCGUUACAUAAGCUAAAAAGUUACUUUGCUUCCACAGUCCUACAUUUCUUACAGAGGCACUAAAAUCUGACUUUUUACAACUUUCCACUCGUCUUGUUCACAUGAUGCACAGGAGCUGCGUCUCACGGUCUUGUUCGGUCACACAGAAGUGAAACUGUCCAAAGUUUGGAUGGAAAAGUUCUGAGUUCACGUUGACUUAAAGCACCAGAGAUAUCGGGCCAUGGAGGUGCUGAUGAAGACCGAGUGAUGCGGCACCUGGAGUUGUGAGCUAUUUCUGAGCUUAGCCUCACCAAACCGAGCACACAGCCGCCUUCCACAGGCAGUGUUAACAUCCUGCCGUCUGCAGAGCUGGGAUCGGCUCACGUGAUUGAAUUCAAGGAAGGAAAUUGACGUGUUUUUCAAGAGUGCUCCGUUGGUUUUCCUUGGAGAUGGUUAUUUUCUAUAGGAAUACCAUGUACAUCUGCUCUAGCUUCAUAGAUCCUGCAGGAGCAAACACUGGACUCUCCGUCUCAUGCAGCGCUUUCCGUUAGCCGCCUUCUUCUACUUUCACGUUCCUUUCUUCUUAAACAUUCCCUCCCUCACUCCUUGCCUGCACCUUAAACCCAACAAUUCCUUUCAACCGAGUACUAUCAUGUAAAACUUUAGAUUUGUUUGGUUUUUUUCACCUGUAAAUAUUGUACAAAGGAAAUACUGUCAGUUUGCUAGGAGGCAUGGAGACAACAACUGUACAAACAAAGUACAACACGUUCAAAAUAAAGUCACAAAGAUUAAAAGACAUUUUCAUAGGCAAACAAAUGUUUGAGUGUAAAAAUAUUUAAGGGUGUAUCAUACAGAGAAAGAGCUUAAUGUAUUUGUUGUGAAUAUAAAAAACUGAUAUAUUAAAGAAAUGCAUGAAAACUUUA